AUGUCUCCUAAACUCAUUGUUGUUGUCGGCGCCACGGGAACACAAGGCGGUUCGGUCGUCGACACUUUCUUGAAAGAUCCCGAAUGGAAGGUCCGAGGUCUCACCCGUAACACUUCCAGUGCUUCAGCGGAGAAACUAAGGACCAGGGGGGUGGAGGUCGUCUCGGCCAACCUGGGCGACCCUUCCAGCCUGGUGGCGGCCUUUGCGGGAGCUGACGCAAUCUUCAGCGUAACCGAUUUCUGGGGUGCCUUUCUCGAUCCAGCCAACAGCUCCAAGCCGGCUCCAGGGCAGGCACUGGUCGAGUGGGUAUAUGAGUACGAACUCCAGCAGGGCAAAAACGUUCUCGACGCGGCAUCCCAGAUCCCAGAUCUCCAAAGAUUGGUCUUCUCGAGCCUGGCCCACGUCAGCAAGUGGUCUCGUGGAAAGUACACGCACGUCUACCAUUACGACAGCAAAGCGAUGGCGGUCGAGUACGGCAGAGCAGCCCACCCGGAACUUUGGAAAAAGACGAGCAUCAUCCAGCUGGGGUACUAUCUGACCAACUUUUUGAGAAUGCCGCAAUUGGUCCAGAUAACAAAGGAUAAGGAAGGUGUGUACAAUCUUGCUAGCAGGCUAAACCCCAAAACCAAGUUGCCAAUGAUCGCAACGGAUGAGGACACCGGCUUGUUUGUCAAAGCUCUUGUUGAUACCGAGCCCGGAAAGAAUCUCAUUACCUACCGCGAAUGGAUGUCCCUCGAGGAGUUUAUCAAAGUAUGGUCCAAGGUUUUGGGCGUCAAGGCCAAGAACGUACCCUUCCCCGACGAUUUUGCGUGGGAGGGAACCCCCAUUGAACUCAAGAGAGCAAUAAUUGAGAUUUUGGCAUUCUGUGACGAGUUUGGCUACCAAGCCCGGGAUGAUCCCUCCGUCAAUCAUCCUAAGGAUUUGGGCAUCGAAUUGAAACUCGGGACUGUCGAAGAAUGGAUCAAGAAGCAAGAUUGGAGUCGAUUUCUGUGA